GAUGGAGGGCCAGCCCGCCACUUGAAGAUUCCUCACCAAGUGGCUGGGAAGGACGGCUUGACCUAGGAAUCUUUCUUUGACAUUUCAAGGUUCUGUCGCCCCCUCCCAGGGUUGGCCGGACUGGUUGGGGCUUUUGACUGAGGUUGCUGCCCGAGCCUGGGGAGCUGUACGUGAAUGAACCGCAUCGCCUGGCCUCAGAGCGCUGACUCUGAGGCCACCACGCAUGAGCCCGGGCCACCCUUCUGCAGAAGUCACUUCAGGAGCUCCUUAGGGACCGGCUUGUGGCGGUGAGGAGCCAGGAGAUGCAUGUAGCAGCCAAGUACCGCCAGGCCUCCCUGUACGUGGGUGACCUCCACGCGGACGUCACCGAGGACCUGCUGUUCAAGAAGUUCAGCGCUGUGGGGCCCGUGCUGUCCAUCCGCAUCUGCAGGGACCUGGUCACCCGCCGCUCUCUGGGCUAUGCCUACGUGAACUUUCUGCAGCUGGCGGAUGCCCAGAAGGCCCUGGACACCAUGAACUUUGACCCGAUAAAGGGCAAAUCCAUCCGUCUCAUGUGGUCUCAGCGUGACGCCUACUUGAGGAAAUCUGGAAUUGGGAACGUGUUCAUCAAGAAUCUGGACAAAUCCAUUGAUAACAAAACCCUUUAUGAACACUUUUCGUCUUUUGGGAAGAUCCUGUCCUCCAAGGUGAUGAGUGAUGAUCACGGCUCCAGGGGCUAUGCGUUCGUGCACUUUCAGAACCAGAUUGCCGCCGACAGGGCCAUCCAAGAGAUGAAUGGGGCACUGCUUAAGGACUGCAGGCUGUUUGUUGGCAGAUUCAAGAGCCGCAAAGAUCGGGAAGCCGAGCUCCAAAACAAAGCCAGUGAGUUCACCAAUGUUUACAUCAAAAACUUCGGAGAUGACAUGGAUGAUGAGAGACUGAGGGAAGUUUUCAGCAAAUAUGGAAAAACCCUGAGUGUUAAGGUGAUGAGAGAUUCCAGUGGGAAAUCCAAAGGCUUUGGCUUUGUGAGUUUUGAUAGCCACGGGGCUGCCAAAAAGGCUGUUGAAGAAAUGAAUGGAAAGGACAUAAAUGGACAACUGCUUUUUGUAGGCCGGGCACAAAAGAAAGCAGAGCGACAGGCUGAGUUAAAGCAAAUGUUUGAGCAGCUGAAACAGGAAAGAUUUCGGCGGUGCCGGGGAGCAAAGCUCUAUAUUAAGAACCUGGAUGAGACCAUUGAUGAUGAAAAGCUACGGAGGGAAUUUUCUUCAUUUGGAUCAAUUAGCAGAGUUAAGGUAAUGCAGGAAGAAGGGCGAAGCAAAGGGUUUGGCUUGAUCUGCUUCUCCUCUCCUGAGGAGGCCACUAAAGCAAUGACUGAGAUGAAUGGCCACAUCUUGGGCUCCAAGCCGCUCAACAUCGCCCUGGCCCAGAGGCCCUAGGAGAGGAAAACUUAAUGCACCAGCCAGUGUUUGUAGCAGCUUGGGGGAUGUUAGUGAUCUCUGCCUGAAUCGUCCUCAGUAAAUUUCAAAUCCCAGCUGAUGGCUGCUUAGUUUAGUAAACAUUAUGAUAGAAGGUUUUGUAUACAAAGCUAUUUAUUUUUCUUUGGAGGAAAAAUAAGUGAAUCUUAGAAC